AUGCUAUAUUCCAUUCAAAAAGGACUGUAGAGAAUAGAUAUAUUUGGUCAAACCAUUACUCUUAAUAUGAAUAAGAAUGCCUAUUACACAACUUCAUUUGGUGGAUGUUCUUCAAUAAUGAUUAUUUGUUUGUUGAGUCUAAUCUUUUACUCUAACAUUGCAGAUUUUUUUACAAAAGCGAAUGUUUAUUACAAUUCCUAAACAGCAUUUUCUAAUGAUCCUAAUUACAUGAAGAUGAAUGAUGAUAAUGCAAUGUUUGCUUUAUCAAUAGAUCAGAACAAUUACACAAAACUUCCAUUUUUUAAUAUUACUAUGGAAUAAAAGUAAGAAUUUAUCGAUCUAGAAUAUAUGAAAGAUCUUUGAAUGGAACUAUUAAAAAAUCAACUAUACAGAUACCUCUUGAGCCUUGUACUUUGAAUAGAUUUAAUAAUGUUGUUGAGUAAUAAGGAAUUGAUACUAAUUUUAAUGACUCUUUUAAUUACUUAGGUAUGGAUUAAUGGUUAUGUCCAAGGUAUAUGAAUUAAGUAUUUAGGAUUAACUAUUAAUUGGAGUUGUAAGGUACAUACUCAAGUGAAACCUUUAAAUUUAUUAAAAUAAUUGUAUCAGAUUGUUAGAAUAAUACUAAUUCAUCAUAUUGGAAUCCUGUCUGUGCUAAUGAAACUUUAAAAUCACAAUAUUUAAAUGCAAAUGGACAAUUCAAACUUUAAGUUUUUUAAAUAAACACAAUGGUGAAUCCAUAAAAGGCUAAAAAUCAUAAAACUAUGUAUUUAGAUAGUGAUAUGUACUUUUCAUUUGUACCUAAUUAAUUAUCGAGAUUAGCUAAUGUUUAUUAUAGAUCAUAUGUAAUAAAUAAUGAUUAAAGUCUAUUACCUUAUGAGUAAUUAUUUGAUUAAAAUAAUUAGAAAUAUUUAAAAAGAGGAAUUAAUAGUGAGGAAAGCUGAAGAUUUUAGAGACUUAACUGAAUUAGGAAGGGAUACUGAUAGUAUAUAUGCAACAAUUUAUUUGAGAAGAAGUCCUUUUACAGAGAUUAUAGAUAGGAAUUAUGAAAAGCUUGGUGAUCUCUUAUCAUAUUUAGGAGGAUUCAUGCAAAUAUUUAGAGUGAUAUUUGGAUUCUUUAUUGCCUUCUAUAAUAGAACAUCCAUGCUAAUAGAAUUAUCAAACAGAUUAUAUGAUUUUAAAGAAGUUACAAGUCGAUCUUAUAUAAGAAAAGGUGCUUUCAGUUAAAAUUCAGGAGGAAUUACAACUCCUCCUGAUGAAACAAAUACUAUAUUAAGAAAUCAACCAAAUAAUGAUUUACAAAAAGUUGAAUGGAAAUAAUUCAUUCAUAAAUUAGUAGAAAGAUCUUAACCUAUAAAAUUAAAUUUGAAGAUUCUUAUAAAUGAAUUAAGUUGUGGAUAUUUCUUCAAUAAUACUAACUCAUCUUUUUUUACAAAGGCUAUGUACUUUAUAUAAAUCUAUUUUAAAGGAUGAAGAUUAACAAUGAAUUGGAUCUGCAUAAUAUUCUACACUAAUUAUAAGAAGUUUCUAAAUUGAAAACUGUUUUACUUUAAAAACCAUAAUAAAUUCUAUUUAAUUUUAGUCCAAAGCCUAUAAUCACUUUAAAUUAAGAGAAUAAUGUACCAUCAAGAAUAGAACUAGAUUUUUAUAAUAGACAAUCAUAUAUAAGAAAUAAGGAAGAAAUUCCAAAUGAAGAAUUAUUUACUUAACUUUAAGAUGUAAAUUAUUAUAUAUAUUUAUUAAAGGCAUAUAAAACAGUACAAGAAGAGAUGGAAAAUAGUUAAAAUAGUUUAAUGUGUUAGAAAACAAUCAAUUUUAAAUUGACAAAACAAAUUGAUGAUGAAUUAGGAAAAUUCUUAAGAAGUAGACGUAUGAGUUGUAUAAAUUAAGAAGAAAUCUCUUGA